UUAUUGUCAACUUUCCAAGAGAGAAUUGAAUACAGUGACCGCGUGACCCUCUGACCCCGCGCCUAUUUGUUCUUUACUGCCACCCCCUGCUUCUCGGGCACGCGUAUAACCCCGAGCACUGCGGAGGCGCGCACUGCGUCUGAAGGGGUUGCGGAAGUGAAACGCGCUCGUACCCGGGACGAAGUGGCCGCCGCGAGGGGAGGAAGCCGUAGUUGCCGGGGCAUCAUGGCGGCUGUGUGUAACGGAGGGCUGCGGAUCCUGGUUACCGGGAUAUGCCGGGUGGCUACCAGACAACCCUUCAGCCUGUCGGCAUCCUGCGCCGCCAUCCAGAAGAUGAGCCGGGUCCGGGUGGUGGAUAACAGCUCCCUGGGGAACACGCCGUACCACCGGCCCCCGAGGUGCAUCCAUGUUUACAACAAGACCGGGGUGGGCAAGGUGGGCGACCGCAUCCUGCUGGCCAUUAAGGGUCAGAAGAAGAAAGCCCUGAUCGUUGGCCACAGAAUGCCCGGCCCCUCCAUGACGCCGCGCUUCGACUCCAACAACGUGGUGCUCAUAGAGGACAACGGCAACCCCGUGGGCACCAGAAUCAAGACCCCCAUCCCCACCGCUCUGAGGAAGCACGACGGGGACUUCUCCAAGCUGCUGGCCAUCGCCCAGACGUUCGUAUGAGACGUGGACCCCAGAGCUGAACCUCCCCCCCAAGGGUGGUAAACGUGUGGCGUGGGAUGCGCCCCCUCGUCGCAACUUACUCUGUCUCCCCUCGGUUGGGGAGGAAUCGGCGAUGAGAGGGAUACAUUGUAUUUGGGAUAAAAGGGCGUUUGGGGCAUAGGUGAGAAAAUCCGGCUCGGCUUGUAGUGGAGUCAUGGAACCGAAUCCCAGCGGAGAUGGGUUGGGAAAGCAGCGCACUGGAGGAUGUAUGUUUGCUGCUAAUCCUUAAAUAUUAUAUAAAAUAAAAGAA